AUGUCUACAUUUCAAUACCAGAAGGACUUGAAGAAGCUCCCGAUUCCCGAUCUCAAGCUCACCUGCGAAAACUACCUCAGAGCUCUGAAGCCGCUACAAACAGAGGAUGAGCACAAGGAGACUGUUGCCGCCACACAGGAAUUCCUCAACGGUGUUGGUCCUGACUUGGAUCAACAGUUGAGGGAAUACGCAGAGACAAGACCAUCCUAUAUCGAACAGUUCUGGUACGAUUCGUACUUGAACUACGAUUCCCCUGUUGUCCUCAACUUGAACCCGUUCUUUCUCUUGGAGGACGACCCUACGCCUGUCAACAACACCCAAACCAAGCGUGCGGCCUCUCUAACAACGUCAUCCUUGGAAUUCAUCAGGGCGCUUAGAAGAGAAGAGUUGCCGCCAGACAUGAUCAGAAACACACCACUCUGUAUGGAUCAGUACAAUAAGCUCUUUGGGUCUGCAAGAAUUCCAACCGGAACAGGCUGUGUUAUGCAAACUGACCCAUCUUCCCACCACGUUGUGGUGCUCUCAAGAUCUCAGUUCUACUGGUUUGAUGUCUUGGACAAGGAGAACAACCUUAUUCUUACUGAUGAUGAGUUGGCCUUCAACUUUGACAGUAUUCUCAAGGAUGCAUCCAAGUCAACUCCUUCGGAGAUUGCAAGAUCAUCCUUUGGUGUCCUCACUACAGAGAAUAGAAAGGUGUGGGCCAACUUGAGAAGUCACUUGAUGAACGACCCAAUCAACUACAAGAUCCUCAGAAUCAUUGAUUCUGCUUUGUUUAUUGUCGUUCUUGACGACAUUGAGCUUGACUCCCUAGCUGACUUGUCCAAGAACAUGCUUUGUGGGUUAAGUAUUUUGGACAAGGGUGCACAAGUUGGUACCUGUACGAACAGAUGGUACGAUAAGCUUCAGCUUAUUGUUACCAAAAACGCUAAAGCUGGUAUAAACUUUGAGCACACCGGUGUUGAUGGUCACACCGUCUUGAGAUUCUGUUCGGACAUCUAUACCGACACCAUUCUCAAAUUUGCAAAGGCAAUUAACCCAAAUUCUCCAUCAAUAUGGAAGUCUAAAUCGCCAUCUCUCCUGAAGACGGAUAAGAUUGAUACAAAUGUUGUUACAAUUCCCCGUAAGCUUGAAUGGAACUUGACCUCAGAGCUUUCCUUGUCUCUUAGAUUUGGAGAAACCAGGCUCUCUGAUCUCAUUUCUCAAAACGAAUUUGCUGUCCUUGAGUUCAACACGUACGGCUCAGACUUGAUAAAGAAAUUCAAGUGCUCUCCAGAUGCUUUUGCUCAAAUGUCUUUCCAAGCUGCUUACUACGCAUUGUACGGUAAAGUUGAGUGUACAUAUGAGCCUGCAAUGACAAAACAGUUCCUCCAUGGCCGUACUGAAGCUAUCAGAACUGUAUCCAUGGAGUCCAACCUCUUUGUUCGUCGUUUCUUCGAAGAUGUUCCAGGUGCUGAAAAGCUUGAGCUGUUACGUGCUGCAUGUGCUCGCCACACUGAAACAACAAAGAUGUGUUCUCAGGGUUUGGGACAGGACCGUCACUUGUAUGCUUUGUUCUGUAUCUGGAGAAGAUACCUCGCUGAGCAAGAUAACUUGGAAGACCACCACAGUGACUCAACCAUUGGAAAUAACAUCGAGAACGAUUCCAAGAUUACUAAGGAGAUUCCUUCUAUCUUCGCUGAUUCUGGUUGGGACAAGUUGAACAACUCUGUGAUUUCCACUUCAAACUGUGGUAACCCAUCUCUUCGUGUCUUUGGAUUUGGACCAACAGCUUCCAACGGUUUUGGUAUUGCAUACAUCAUUAAGGGGGGCUCUCUCAAUAUUUGUGUUUCAAGUAAGCACCGUCAAACUCAAAGAUUUGUUGAUACUUUGCGUAAUUACUUGGAGGAGGUCAAGCAUAUCUACGAGGAUGAACUCAACCAAAAGGAGCAGAUGAAGGCAAGAGGAAGAUUGCAGCACACAAGAUCUGGUAACUUGAAUUAUUUGCUCGGUGGGUAUGGCUACUUUGACCUCGAAGAUGAUGAGAUUAAGAGCAGAGGCACUAGUCCAGAGAGAGUAGGAUUUAGAAGAGCUGGUAUUUCUGCAAGACAGUUAAGCGAGAAGCUCAGACUAGCAGAGUAUUAG